AUGGUGGCAGCACACUCGUCCUCACGAUCGUCGGAAUCUGCAGAGUGGAUUAUUUGUCUGGAUAAAAGGCCAGCAGAGCGAUCCGGUGAGGAUGUUGACAUAAUCUUGGCACGUCUCAAAAGUGUGAAGGCCUUCGAGAGAUUCCACCCCACUUUGUUACAGCAGAUAUGUCUAUGUGGAUUUUAUGAAUGCUUAGAGAAAGGCAUCACCUUGUAUCGACAGGGAGACAUUGGGACCAGUUGGUAUGCAGUUCUCUCUGGCUCAUUAGAUGUCAAAGUUUCAGAGACAUCAAGAUAUCAGGAUGCUGUUACUAUCUGUACUCUGGGGACUGGCACAGCAUUCGGAGAGUCCAUUCUGGAUAAUACUCCGAGACAUGCCACUAUUGUUACCAGGGAAUUCAGCGAGCUCCUACGCAUCGAGCAGAGGGAGUUCAGGUCCCUGUGGGAGAAGUAUCAUCAGUGCAUGGCUGGACUGCUCGCCCCUCCUUAUGGUGUGAUGGAAAGUGGCUGCAGUGCCGAGAGGAUGCCUGACAAAGAAAACAUUAGCAACAACUCAUAUGUUUCCAUCCCCAAUCACAAGAACAAGAAGUCAUUCAUUGAAAGCCCAACCAAACCUCUUCCUAAAUGCCUUUCUCAGGUCCCCUCCGAGAGCAUCCUGAGAGCAGGGAAGAUCAUCCGAAAUGCCAUCUUGUCCAGAGCUCCACACAUGAUCCGAGACAGAAAGUAUCACCUAAAGACAUACAGGCAAUGUUGCGUGGGAACUGAGUUGGUGGACUGGCAAAUGCAGCAGAGCUCGUGCAUCCACUCACGCGCUCAUGCUGUGGGCAUGUGGCAGGUGCUACUGGAGGAGGGGGUCCUGAACCAUGUGGAGCAGGAGCUGAACUUCCAAGACAAGUAUCUCUUCUACAGAUUUCUAGAGGAUGAACAGGAAGACACUCCAUUACCUAGUGAAGAGGAGAAGAAGGAAAGCCAAGAGGAGCUCCAAGACACACUACUGCUCCUUUCACAGCUCGGACCUGACGCACACAUGAGGAUGAUUCUCAGGAAAUCUCCCUCAGAACGGACGGCAGACGACUUAGAAAUUAUUUAUGAAGAGCUGCUUCAUAUUAAAGCCUUAUCUCAUCUGUCCACCACAGUAAAGAGGGAACUUGCAGGGGUCCUGAUAUUUGAGUCCCAUGCCAACGCUGGGACAGUAUUGUUCACACAAGGAGAGGAAGGCACAUCCUGGUACAUCAUUCUAAAGGGCUCUGUCAAUGUUGUGAUUUAUGGAAAAGGUGUGGUGUGCACACUUCAUGAGGGAGAUGACUUUGGAAAGCUUGCUCUGGUAAAUGAUGCUCCUCGAGCCGCCUCCAUCGUCCUAAGAGAAGACAACUGCCACUUUCUCAGAGUGGACAAAGAGGAUUUCAACAGGAUUCUACGGGAUGUGGAGGCUAACACCGUCCGUCUGAAGGAGCACGGUCAGGACGUCCUGGUGCUGGAGAAGAGCCUUAGCCGGAGUAGCAUCCAUGGACCCACCCCCUCCCAUUAUAAAUACAACGUGAUGUCAGGAACGCCGGAGAAGAUUUUGGAGCACCUCCUUGAAAUGAUGCGCCUGGACUCUCAGUUCUCAGAGUCAGAUAUGGCCUUAGAUGACUUUGUCCUCAUGCACUGUGUCUUCAUACCAAAUACUCAACUUUGUCCAGUACUACUGGCUCAUUACCAUGCCCAGGCCUCACAGGGCUCUGAGCAGGAGAAGCUGGACUACACUCUGAACAAUAAGCGCAGGGUCAUACGACUGGUGAUUCAGUGGGCCUCUUUACAUGGGGACUAUCUGCUGGAGGAUCACGUGUCUGUCAUGUUUAUGGAGGAGUUUCUUUUGGCAGUGUCAGAAGAAGCAAAAGUCAUUCCAGCUCUCAGGGAUCAGUUAACAGAGUUAGAACGAUGUGUCAAACAAAAUGAUGGUGUCAGACUAACACCCAAAAAGCACAAAGUUUUAUUGAGGCAGUUCAGUACAGGAGAAGACAAGCCUCAAAAGAGAGAGCCCAUCAGGAGCACAGAUGAAAUCCUGUUCAAAGUGUACUGGUGUGACCACACCUACACCACCAUCCGUGUCCCUGUGGGGGCCUCUGUCAGAGAGGUUCUUGGGGCAGUGUCCGACAAACUGGGGUCAGUAGAGGACCUGCUCCUGGUCGGCCUCAGCUCAGCAGGAGAAAAAGUUGUCUUCAAGCCCAAUGAUGUGUCAGUAUUCUCCUCGCUUGGCAUAAAUGGACGACUGUUCGCAUGCCGCAGGGAUCAGCUAGAUUCUUUGACCCCUUUACCUGAACAGGACGGCCCAAACACCGGGUCACUGGUCAGUUUUGAGUUGAUGAGCUCGAAGGAUGUGGCAUAUCACAUGACUUCCUACGACUGGGAGCUGUUCCACUGUGUACAUGAGCUCGAGCUCAUCUACCACACAUUUGGGAGGCAAAAUGUGAAGAAAACCACCGUCAACCUGGACCUGUUUUUGCGACGCUUUAAUGAAAUCCAGUUCUGGGUCAUCACUGAGGUCUGUCUGUGCAGUCAGCUCAGUAAAAGGGUGCAGCUUCUCAAGAAGUUUAUAAAGAUUGCUGCACACUGUAAGGAGUACCGCAAUCUCAAUGCCUUUUUUGCCAUCAUCAUGGGACUAAGUAAUCCAGCUGUAAGCAGACUGAGUCAAACUUGGGAAAAGCUUCCCAGCAAAUUUAAGAAGUUUUAUUCUGAAUUUGAAAACUUUAUGGACCCAUCCAGAAACCACCGGGCCUACAGACUGACUGUGGCCAAGCUGGAGCCUCCCAUCAUCCCCUUCAUGCCUCUGCUGAUCAAAGACAUGACGUUCACUCAUGAGGGCAACAAAACGUUUAUUGACAAUUUGGUCAAUUUUGAGAAGAUGCGAAUGAUAGCCAAUACAGUCAAGAUAGUGAGAUACUGCAGGAGCCAACCAUUCAGCCCAGACUCUCCUGUAGCAGGCAAGAAUCACCCUGAAGUGCGUAACUAUAUCCGUCACCUCAAUGUGAUAGAUAACCAAAGGACUCUGACCCAGCUAUCCCACAGAUUGGAGCCACGCAGGUCUUAAACUCAUAGGGAGAAAUCACACACAA